UUUUGUUGGGCUGUCGAAUUUACUCCCUCAGGCCCACCGCUGCUAUUCUCCUCCGGCCGCUGCGUCCUCCGCUGACGGUGCUGCUCCUCCGCCGACCGCCGCUGUGUCCUCCGCUGACCGCCGCUGCGUGCUCCUCCUACCGCCGCUGCGUGCUCCUCCGACCGCCGCUGCGUGCUCCUCCGACCGCCGCUGCGUCCUCUUCCGAUCGCCGCUGCGUGCUCCUCCGACCGCCGCUGCGUCCUCUUCCGAUCGCCGCUGCGUCCUCCUCCGAUAGCCGCUGCGUCCUCUUCCGAUCGCCGCUGCGUCCUCCUCCGAUAGCCGCUGCGUCCUCUUCCGAUCGCCGCUGCGUCCUCCUCCGAUAGCCGCUGCGUCCUCUUCCGAUCGCCGCUGCGUCCUCCUCCGACAGCCGCUGCGUCCUCCUCCGACCGCCGCUGCGUCCUCCGCGGACCGCCGCUGCGUCCUCCUCCGAUCGCCGCUGCGUCCUCCUCCGAUCGCCGCUGCGUCCUCCGCCGACCGCCGCUGUGUCCUCCGUCAACCGCCGCUUCCCUGACGCAUUGUGAUUUGUGCGACUUUAUUCAAAUUGUCCAUCAAUACACAUUUGCAACUUUUCGCAACGAUGUUCAACAAUCUUCAGCUUUUCGCUCACAAUGCUCGUCUCCGUCAUAUAUGGAGGGCGGCGACUCUACGCCCAAAAUUUAGCAGGGAGGAGCUUAGUGAACUCAACAUUUCUGAGAUCUGCGAAGAGAUUUUGAAUCCACAUAAUUUUGCAGUGCUGCCUCUGAGACUUAAGGCAACACUCUUGGGUGGACUUGCGAUAGUCCACAAACAGAAAGUUAAACUUUUUUAUAGUGAUUUGUUGAGUUCCUUGAAAGCUGUGAACGCAGCACUACCAUCCCGACGCAGUGAGAGAAUAAGAGCCCGAGCUAAUCCAGUCAUCACUGAGUGUGUAGCCGAGCAGCCUCCUCAUUUGCCAGAUGAUUCAUCUUCUGGAAGGACCUUGAACAUUCAACCCCCUGAACCAUCACCAUCUCCAACAGAAGGAAAUAUUUUUUCAAAUAGUUUAGAAAAUCUGCAGCAGGUGAUAUUGGACAGGAUACAAUUGCAGAUGAUGUCGGUGAUGAUGUUGGUCUUGCUCAAGAAGCAGAUGAUAUUGGACAGGAUACAGUUGCAGAUGAUGUCGGUAAUGAUGUUGGUCUUGCUCAAGAAGCAGGUGAUAUUGGACAGGAUACAGUUGCAGAUGAUGUCAGUAAUGAUGUUGGUCUUGCUCAAGAAGCAGAUGAUGUUGGACAGGAUACAGUUGCAGAUGAUGUCUGUAAUGAUGUUGGUCUUGCUCAAGUUGGACAGGAUACAGUUGCAGAUGAUGUCGGUAAUGAUGUUGGUCUUGCUCAAGAAGCAGAUGAAAUUGGACAGGAUACAGUUGCAGAUGAUGUCGGACAGGAUACAGUUGCAGAUGAUGUCGGUAAUGAUGUUGGUCUUGCUCAAGAAGCAGAUGAAAUUGGACAGGAUACAGUUGCAGAUGAUGUCGGUAAUGAUGUUGGUCUUGCUCAAGAAGCAGAUGAUAUUGGUCUCCCUCUUGUUCUACAUGAUUCAUGUAUGGAUACUCAGCCACAGGACCAUACUACUGUGGAAGUCCCACUUCCACCCCAACGCCGUGAGAGAAUAAGAGCGCGAGCUAAUCCGGUCAUCGCUGAAGUUCCACUUCCACCCCGACGCAGUGCGAGAAUAGGAGAUCGUCCGGCCAUCCCUAAAUGUUGGUUUUCCAGCACAAAAAGAAGAAAAAAGAAAAAUGAAGAACCUUGAGCAUUCAAUUCCCUGAAUCAUCAUCAUCUCCAUUUGAAGGAAAUAGCUUAGAAAAU